GAGAUCUUUUCUGUUGUAACAAAAAGCUUCAUACAACUGUUCUUAUAACACAACAUGUCAGAUGUAUUUGUUCCUUGACACAGACUAGGAGAUAUGUUUAACAGAAGUCAGUAUUAUUUAUGGUGUGAAAUGCUGCUAAAAUAGAAAUGUUAUGCAUACUUUAUUAUGCCACCUGGGCAAAGAGUUGACUAAAGGUGCAUUACAAACAAAUACUGAGGUGAAAGAGAAAUCCACCUUUAAUGGGGAUGUAGAGAAAGACGUCCCAUAGCUAUGGCAUUGUCUAGAACUCUGUUCUAAGUCAGUUAGUGAAGACACAGGUUGGUUUGUGUGUUACACAAACAGAAGCAGAAAGAUUCUGAUUAAAUUAUGGAACUACACGAACCAGCUAAGGAUUGAUCUUCAUUACAAAGUAGGCAAAUUUAACAUCAUUAAUUAGAAUGUGGAAAUCACUGGUGUUGAACUCCUAGAAGGAAGAUGACUGCCUAUAACAAACUGUCCAACAGCAACAGGCUAUGGAAAGAUGUAAAUGUGUUCCUAGAAAAGGGGUGAAACUUUCAGUUUAAACUUCAGUCCCCUGAUCUUGCAGCACCUUUGUCUAUGACAAUAAAAGAAAGUCCCUUAAACUGAUAAGCAACAGUCUGACAGAGCCUGUUUGUGCACUUUGAAGAUCAUUCUGGUCUGAGCAAUUCCUGCUGCAUCUCCUAACUUCAGGGGAAAAAAAAAAAAAUUAUCUACCUUUCACCCCAGAGGUUUUGAGGUACUUUUCUACACUGCUUGAAAGCCGGGCUAGUACAUACGCUUCACCCAGCCUCUGCAGUUCUCAGAGCAGUGCACAUGGCUGAAGAUUUACAGCCCCACAUGGUGAGAUGGAGGAGCAGCUCCAGGAGCCCCCAGUCACACAGCUAAAGCACUGGUUGCCCACCUUGUGCGAGUUCCACGGCGCCUGGCUUUCUCACCCUUGAAAAGCAACCACAAAGUAAGCCGCAAGCCUAAGAGGCUGCAGCUUAUAGGUUGGCUCUUGGCCAACACAGCCCUUUCAGCUUGAGUUGCUUCGACAGCUACCAAAACCACCACGCGCUGGUACAUCCACACAGCAGCGCUCUGCCUUCCCACAAUCACAAACUGUAGGGGCUGGAAGGGAUCUCUGGAGCUCAUCUAAUCCAACCCCCUGCUAAAGCAGGUUCCCUACAGUAGAUCGCACGGGAAAACAUCCAAGCGAGUUGCAAAUAUCUCCUGGAAAGGAGACCUCAAAACCUCUCCGGGCUGCCUGUUCCAGCGCUGUGAACCCUCACCCUUCUCCUUGCUGAGCGAACCCUCUUCUCACGCUAAUCCCGACUUCCUCUGCGAGGAGCAGAAGAAAUGCCCAGGACUGCUACAGCGUCUCCGCCGCCUGCAACCCCAGAGGUGUGACGGAGCACCAGCGCGCGGCAGCGAGCAGCAGAGGGAAGGUACUUGGGCAAAACUCUUGACCAUCUGUAGAGAAUAGCAAGUCAAACACGUUUCUUCGAAAACAUACGAAGAAGUACCAGAAGGGGGAUUCUUGACAUACACCUUGUAACCUGAGUGGACUUUCUUUUUAACUUAUUAAUACUUACAAUGAAUGGGCACAGUGAUGAAGAAAGUGUAAGAAACAGCAGUGGAGAGUCAAGCAGAUCAGAUGAUGAUUCUGGGUCAGCUUCAGGUUCUGGAUCUGGUUCAAGCUCUGGAAGCAGUAGCGAUGGAAGUAGCAGCCAGUCAGGUAGCAGUGACUCUGAAUCUGGUUCAGAGUCAGGCAGUCAAUCCGAAUCGGAGUCUGACACAUCUCGAGAGAAGAAACAAGUUCAAGCUAAACCUCCAAAAGCUGAUGGAACUGAGUUUUGGAAGUCCAGUCCAAGUAUACUUGCUGUACAGAGAUCAGCAGUGCUCAAGAAACAACAGCAACAACAAAAGGCAGCAUCAUCAGACAGUGGUUCGGAAGAGGACUCAUCCAGUAGUGAAGAUUCUGCAGAUGAUUCAUCCACUGAAACCAAGAAGAAAAAGCAUAAAGAUGAAGACUGGCAAAUGUCAGGGUCAGGGUCCGUAUCAGGAACUGGUUCUGAUUCUGAAUCGGAGGAAGAUGGGGAUAAAAGCAGCUGUGAAGAAAGUGAAUCUGACUAUGAGCCAAAAAACAAAGUCAAAAGCCGUAAACCUCCAAGCAGGAUUAAACCAAAAAGUGGGAAAAAGAACACAGGACAGAAGAAGAGGCAACUUGAUUCAUCAGAGGAGGAGGAGGAUGAUGAUGAAGAUUAUGAUAAGAGAGGAUCUCGUCGCCAGGCAACAGUGAAUGUUAGUUACAAAGAAGCUGAAGAAACCAAGACAGAUUCUGAUGAUUUGCUGGAAGUUUGUGGGGAAGAUGUCCCACAGACUGAGGAAGAUGAAUUUGAAACUAUAGAGAAGUUUAUGGACAGUCGAAUUGGUCGAAAAGGAGCCACUGGUGCCUCAACCACCAUCUAUGCCGUUGAGGCAGAUGGUGACCCAAAUGCUGGGUUUGAAAAGUCAAAGGAGCCGGGAGACAUACAGUAUCUUAUUAAAUGGAAAGGCUGGUCACACAUCCAUAACACUUGGGAAACUGAAGAAACACUGAAGCAACAAAAUGUUAAAGGAAUGAAGAAACUGGACAACUACAAGAAAAAGGAUCAGGAGACAAAACGAUGGCUGAAAAAUGCUUCUCCAGAAGAUGUGGAGUAUUAUAACUGCCAGCAGGAGCUUACAGAUGAUCUGCAUAAACAAUAUCAAAUAGUGGAAAGAAUAAUUGCUCAUUCGAAUCAAAAGUCAGCAGCUGGCUAUCCAGACUACUAUUGCAAAUGGCAGGGUCUACCUUAUUCAGAAUGUAGCUGGGAAGAUGGUGCUCUCAUUGCCAAAAAGUUUCAGGCACGCAUUGAUGAGUAUUUUAGCAGAAAUCAAUCCAAGACUACUCCCUUUAAAGACUGCAAGGUUCUAAAACAGAGACCAAGAUUUGUUGCAUUAAAGAAGCAACCAUCUUACAUUGGAGGACAUGAAAGUUUGGAGUUAAGAGAUUAUCAGUUAAACGGAUUGAAUUGGCUCGCUCAUUCAUGGUGCAAAGGGAAUAGUUGUAUUCUUGCAGAUGAAAUGGGUCUGGGUAAAACAAUACAAACAAUUUCUUUUCUGAACUACCUGUUUCAUGAACAUCAACUGUAUGGGCCUUUUCUACUGGUCGUGCCACUUUCUACCUUGACAUCUUGGCAAAGAGAGAUUCAAACUUGGGCUCCUCAGAUGAAUGCUGUAGUUUACUUAGGAGAUAUAACUAGUAGAAAUAUGAUAAGGACUCAUGAAUGGAUGCAUCCACAGAGUAAACGAUUAAAGUUUAACAUACUUCUGACGACAUAUGAAAUUUUACUGAAGGAUAAGUCAUUCCUUGGUGGUCUCAAUUGGGCAUUCAUAGGAGUUGAUGAAGCUCAUCGUUUGAAAAAUGAUGACUCUCUUCUGUACAAGACUUUAAUAGACUUUAAGUCAAACCAUCGACUUCUUAUUACUGGAACCCCUCUGCAAAACUCCCUCAAGGAGCUGUGGUCUUUGUUGCAUUUCAUCAUGCCAGAAAAAUUUUCCUCCUGGGAAGAUUUUGAAGAGGAGCAUGGCAAAGGAAGAGAGUAUGGUUAUGCAAGUCUUCACAAAGAGCUUGAACCAUUUUUACUGAGAAGAGUUAAAAAAGAUGUAGAAAAGUCUUUACCUGCUAAGGUUGAGCAAAUUCUGAGGAUGGAAAUGAGUGCAUUGCAGAAGCAAUAUUACAAGUGGAUUUUAACACGGAAUUAUAAAGCCCUCAGUAAAGGUUCAAAAGGCAGUACCUCAGGCUUUCUGAAUAUUAUGAUGGAACUUAAGAAGUGUUGUAACCAUUGCUACCUCAUUAAACCACCAGAUGAUAAUGAAUUCUAUAAUAAACAGGAGGCCUUACAGCAUUUGAUACGUAGCAGUGGGAAACUAAUCCUUCUUGACAAACUACUGAUUCGGCUGCGAGAACGUGGCAACAGAGUUCUGAUUUUCUCUCAGAUGGUGAGGAUGCUGGACAUCCUAGCAGAAUAUCUAAAGUACCGCCAGUUUCCCUUCCAGAGACUUGAUGGAUCAAUAAAAGGGGAAUUGAGGAAGCAAGCACUGGAUCAUUUCAAUGCAGAAGGAUCAGAGGAUUUCUGUUUUUUACUGUCUACCAGAGCUGGAGGAUUAGGUAUUAACUUGGCAUCUGCUGACACUGUAGUUAUAUUUGAUUCUGACUGGAAUCCACAGAACGAUCUGCAGGCACAGGCGAGAGCUCAUAGAAUUGGACAGAAGAAACAGGUUAAUAUUUAUCGGCUAGUAACAAAAGGAUCAGUAGAAGAAGAUAUUCUUGAAAGAGCCAAGAAGAAGAUGGUGCUAGACCAUUUAGUAAUUCAGAGAAUGGACACAACAGGAAAAACUGUUUUGCAUACAGGUUCUACUCCAUCAAGCUCUACACCUUUUAAUAAAGAAGAGUUAUCAGCAAUUUUGAAGUUUGGUGCUGAGGAACUUUUUAAAGAACCUGAAGGAGAAGAACAGGAGCCCCAGGAAAUGGAUAUAGACGAAAUCUUGAAGAGAGCUGAAACUCGGGAAAACGAGCCAGGUCCAUUGACUGUAGGGGAUGAGUUGCUUUCACAGUUCAAGGUGGCGAACUUUUCCAAUAUGGAUGAAGAUGAUAUUGAGUUGGAACCAGAAAGAAAUUCAAGAAAUUGGGAAGAAAUCAUCCCAGAAUCUCAGCGGAGAAGGAUAGAGGAGGAGGAAAGACAAAAAGAACUUGAAGAAAUAUACAUGCUCCCGAGGAUGAGAAACUGUGCAAAACAGAUCAGCUUUAAUGGAAGUGAAGGAAGACGUAGUAGGAGCAGAAGAUAUUCUGGAUCUGAUAGUGACUCCAUCACAGAAAGAAAACGGCCAAAAAAGCGUGGGAGACCUCGAACUAUUCCUCGAGAAAACAUUAAAGGAUUUAGUGAUGCAGAGAUCAGGCGGUUUAUCAAGAGUUACAAGAAAUUUGGUGGCCCUCUGGAAAGGUUAGAUGCUGUAGCUAGAGAUGCUGAGCUAGUUGAUAAAUCUGAGACAGACCUUAGACGUUUGGGUGAGCUUGUACAUAAUGGAUGCAUUAAGGCUUUAAAGGACAAUUCAUCUGGACAAGAAAGAGCAGGAGGUAGACUUGGGAAGGUUAAAGGCCCAACAUUUCGAAUCUCAGGAGUGCAGGUGAAUGCAAAACUCGUCAUCUCUCACGAGGAAGAGCUGGCACCACUGCACAAAUCCAUUCCUUCUGAUCCAGAAGAAAGGAAAAGAUAUGUCAUCCCAUGCCACACCAAGGCUGCUCACUUUGAUAUAGAUUGGGGUAAAGAAGAUGAUUCCAAUCUGUUAGUAGGCAUCUAUGAAUAUGGCUAUGGCAGCUGGGAAAUGAUAAAAAUGGAUCCAGAUCUCAGCUUAACACAGAAGAUUUUACCUGAUGAUCCAGACAAGAAACCCCAGGCAAAGCAGCUACAGACCCGUGCAGACUACCUCAUUAAAUUACUGAAUAAAGACCUUGCAAGAAAGGAAGCACAAAGGCUUGCUGGUGCAGGCAAUUCCAAGAGAAGGAAGACAAGAAGUAAGAAGAAUAAGAUAAAGGCUUCAAAAAUAAAAGAAGAAAUAAAAAGUGAUUCUUCACCACAACCCUCAGAAAAAUCUGAUGAAGAUGAUGAGGAGGAGGAUAACAAGGAUGAGAUUGUUUCAGUGAAACAUCUACAUAAAAAAAUAAAAACAGAAAAAGAAAAUGAAGAAAAGCCUGAGCCAGAUAUUGGUAUAAAGAAGGAAGCGGAAGAAAAAAGAGAGACAAAAGAGAAGGAAAAUAAAAGGGAUUUGAAAAGGGAGAAAAAAGAAAAAGAGGAUAAGAAAGAAUUAAAAGAAAAAGAUAAUAAAGAAAAGAGAGAAAACAAAGUAAAAGAAUCCACACAGAAAGAAAAAGAAGUAAAGGAAGAGAAGGUAAAUGAAAUCAAAUCUGAAAAUAAGGAAAAAUCUAAAAAAAUUCCAUUACUGGAUACUCCAGUUCAUAUUACUGCAACCAGUGAACCAGUUCCUAUCUCGGAAGAAUCUGAAGAACUGGAUCAGAAGACAUUUAGUGUGUGCAAAGAAAGAAUGAGGCCUGUCAAAGCAGCACUGAAACAGCUGGAUAGACCAGAGAAGGGCCUUUCUGAAAGGGAGCAGCUGGAACAUACUAGGCAGUGUCUAAUCAAAAUUGGGGAUCACAUUACAGAAUGCCUGAAGGAGUACACAAAUCCAGAGCAAAUAAAACAGUGGAGGAAGUAAGUUUUUUCUGCAUUGUUUUUCUUUUUUUAAAAGGGAAAUCUCCAGUUGUUUGUACUAAACAGUGAAGUUUUUAAUCAUUUCUCUUAUUUCUUGUUCACUAUUUCUUGUAUCUUUCUGCUGUUUUAAAUAAGGAUUACAAAAAAUGAUUAGUGGUGGACUUCUUCAUAUUGCAUAGCAAUGCAUUUUAUCCAGUAGGUGGAGUCAUCUCACUUCUUAGAGCAAUAAAUAACUGUUACUUACACUCUUUUAGCAGUGGGAAAGAGUCCUUUUCCUCAAGGAUCUUUUAUUUCAACUUAAUGGAUUUUUUAAUUUGCACUAAAAAUAGGCAAUUCUAAUUGGUAUGCUGAAAAUUUGCUUGAUUUUGAUGUGCAGAAUACUUUCUUCGUUUUUAAAUACACUCUAAAUCAAAUGACUUGAUUUAAAAAAUCAUACUCACAUAUAUCAAAAUUAAGGGACUUUAAAUCCUUUUAUGCAUUGUGAGGUGGUAUUUUUCGAAAAAAAACCUAUUUUUUUAAGCAUAUUGCACUUUUAAAUUCUUAAUGCAGUUUGAGUUCAUUCUGUCUGAAUGUAUGUUUCAGUCUUUUAUGGUUGAACAUAUAUCCCACAUUUCCAUAUGCAAGCUAUUUAAGUGCUAUAAUUUCCUUGCAGACUGUUGCUUCAUUUGUUUCUACCUGGUUUAUUUCAAAUAAUUAAGAUGAUCCAAAAUAUAUAAACAAGAUCCAUGUCUUACAUCCUGAUCAGACAUUUGGAAACACACAAUAGAAAUAUUAUUCAAAAUAAUGCUACAGUACCAUUUCUAGACUGCUAAAAUAUGUAUUCCAGCUGGUUUAGGUAAAUACUGUAAAGACACGUAGUCUGUAUUUCAAAGUUACACAAGUAUCUUUAGGCUCACUACUGAGUUGUUAUCUACCUUUGCAAACCUCUAACCUGAAACUGUAAUGCUUAAAUAGUGACAGUGAGGAGCAGACUGUUGCUUCCUGAGCGUGCACUUCAGAUGUUUCGGAGCACUAGGAUUGUGUGGUCUCUUUUAAGUGUUCUACCUGUAAACUUGACUAAAAGAAUUUUAGACUUCAGUUUAUUUAUCUGUAAUCAUGGAUGCAAACUUUUUCUUUAGGGCUUUGGCAACCCAACAGCAAAAGACCUCAGUUAGUCUUCUUUCUUCCUUUGUAGAACAAACUAGCCUUGAAGUUAUUCCUGUGUUGCUUCUGUUCAUUCUCAGAUUUCUUGUUUGAUUUCAAAAGCUCUGACCAGGCUCUAGAAUUCUGUGGAAGAAUUCUAUGAUAUUUUCAGGAAAUAAGCUGUGAAUCAAAUGUCAUACACUGGAAGAAACUUCAGUUCUGGAAGAACUUUCCCUUACAUACUGUGUUUACUUAAAUUUUAAUUACUGAGUUGUAAAUACUCAAAUUUUGUUAGAUUUCAAACAAUCUUUCAGAAGCCAUACAUAAACUGAAAGCAAUAUUUAUAAGCAGUUACACAAACCAUUUUAUUAACACAAAUGUUAUUACCACUUCAUUUCACACACUUGGAUCUGUGAAGUAAUGAUGAUAAAUAUUACAAAAUGACAAGUUAUUACAGGAAUUCACUUAUCAAAUGCUUAAAAUACAGCGAAGUAAUUCUUGCUGUGCAUCUAGGCGUGUCAACGGUUUACGGGCUGGUUCAGCCCAGUUCCGUGACUAGCGGGGCGGAGGGAUCCGCAGA